CUGGGCUUAAUUUUAGUUCUGUUGGUGGGGCUGGCGCUGGCUCCGUGCUGCACCGGAGUCUUUCUUUGAGCAUUACGUGAAAUUUCACGAACUGAGACUGACUUGAAAAGAGGAUGCAGCCACUCUUGUUCCUUACUGAGCUAGGGGAGCACGCUGCAUCUGUCAGCACUCCUUUCAAGGGUUCUUCUUUUCUUUAGCUACUUUGUGAUUAUUUCUUUUAAACUUUAUUUAGAGAAAUCAGUAUGUGUACUCUGCAGUGAACAAUUCUAAAAUGUUCUGGAGAAAUACAUUCAGGACUGCCUGCAGUUUUUUGUCUCCUUGUGCUGAAGUCACUUUAAAUCCAUCACCCCAGCCUGUAGAGUCGUCAGGCAGAAAUCUUGCUGGGAAGGUAGAUGAGUUCUUCCUGCAGCAGAUUUGCUUGAGCAUACUGAAGACAGCCAUGUAAUAAGGUGUAGUAAUGAAACCUGUUGGAAUUUUAGAGGAGCACCUCAUUCCUUUGAUCUUGCUAAGGAGCAAUGAUUCAAGUGCUACAGAUUGUGAAGGAUCUGGUGUCGCCAGCAAGACGGAGAGCAGAUGCUGCCAGGAAAGGUGCAGAUGCUGAGCAGGAUGCUGCUGUCAAACUUGCCCAGGAACGAGCGGAGAUAGUUGCCAAGUAUGACAGAGGACGUGAGGGUGCUCAGAUUGAACCGUGGGAAGAUGCUGACUACCAUCUUUACAAAGUCACAGAUAGAUUUGGCUUUCUACAUCCAGAGGAGCUUCCUGUCCAUGAUGCAGUGAUAGAAAAGCAAAAGAACCUUGAAAUUGAAAGAACUACAAAAUGGCUUAAGAUGCUGAAAAGCUGGGAAAAAUACAAGAAUACUGAAAAGUUUCAUAGGAGAAUUUAUAAAGGGAUCCCACUGCAGUUGAGAGGGCAAGUCUGGUCUUUGUUGCUUGAUGUUCCAAAGAUGAAAGAAGAAAUGAAAGACUUUUAUAAUAAAUUGAAGUACCAAGCACGAGGGUGUUCACCAGAUAUUCGGCAAAUUGACCUGGAUGUGAACCGCACGUACAGGGACAACAUCAUGUUCCGGGACAGAUACGGUGUCAAGCAACAAUCUUUGUUCCAUAUUUUAGCUGCAUAUUCCAUAUAUAAUACGGAAGUUGGAUACUGUCAGGGAAUGAGCCAGAUCACAGCUUUGCUCCUGAUGUUCAUGAAUGAAGAAGAUGCCUUCUGGGCCUUGGUGAAACUUCUCUCUGGUCCAAAGCACGCUAUGCAUGGUUUUUUUAUUCCUGGUUUUCCAAAACUGAUGAGGUUUCAGGAACAUCAUGACAAAAUUCUGAAGAAAUUUUUGUCCAAACUUAAGGAACAUUUGGACUCCCAGGAUAUGCCCACCAGCUUUUAUACAACCAAGUGGUUUUUCCAGUGUUUUCUUGAUCGAACUCCCUUUACAUUAAGCCUCAGGAUAUGGGAUAUCUACAUACUUGAAGGAGAGAGGAUUCUCACUGCUAUGUCUUACACAAUUCUGAAACUGCACAGAAAGCAUCUGAUGAAAUUACAAAUGGAAGAGCUUGUAGAAUUUCUGCAGGAUUCUUUAGCCAAGGAUUUCUUCUAUGAAGAUGACUUUGUAAUAGAGCAGCUCCAAAAUUCUAUAUCAGAAUUGAAACGAGCAAAACUGGAUUUACCAGUAGCUGGUAAAGAAGAUGAAUUUCCAAAGAAGCCACUGGGGCAGAUUCCAUCAGGACCUCUGCCUUCUGUGCUUAACUCCACUCCAAUGCUUAAUGGACAGAACAGUACUGGGACACAAGCAGCAAGACAAAGGACAGAGAGAAGACCAUCCACAGAAGAAGAAUCAGAAAGUUCACCAAAUAACCGAAAAAGAAUUAAUUCUGUGGAAAAGAAACCUUCCUUAAAACUGCAAAAGAUUCGACCAGCAGAGACACAAAACAGUUUGCCUAAGAAUGAGGUGGAUACCAGAAAAAAGCCUCAGCCAGCAGAGCAAGACAACUCAAGUCUAUACAAUAAUGCAGCUGCUAAUCAGAAUUCUAAUGCUACUUCCAACACAAGAAGGGAAUUUGUACCUAAGUGGAAUAAACCAUCUGAUGUCAAAAUAAUGGAAAAGACAAUGAAACUCACUGCAGAGGUGAAAGGGAGGCCAGUAAACCAUUCUGGUUUGGGCCCACCACCAAGUCCUGGAGAAAUGCAGCCUUUGAAUGUAAAGCAAAAGGUGAGGGUUUUGGAUGCUGAUGAAGGUAAGCGAGGGUCUAAUGCAUCUCAGUAUGACAAUGUUUCAGAGGAUGAAACUGAGAAUGAGAAUGUUGUUGAAGAGAUGCUUGAGAGAGCUCAUCCACAAAGUCCUAGGCAUGUAGCAUUUUCUAAUAGUCCAAGAAAGCAAAUGGAAAAAGCACCAGCUCCAUUAAAAAUACCCAACAAUUACACCUUCACUUCACAACCCAGAUCUCCAAAAUAUGCAUCUCAGUGUGAUGGUCCAUCUCAUGGACUGAAUGUAAAGCAGCCACUGCCAGGUUAUAGUAAUCCCCCUACUUACUAUGGGAAUUCUCCAAAGCAUGUUUCCAGUAUAGGCAAUGCAAGCUCUGCCCCUCUGCAUCACCACGGGAAUCGGCCCAGCCCCUCUGGACGGCCAUACCCUCCUUUUAUGCCAGUAGAUUAUUCCCCAAAUAAACUGCAGAUGAAUUCCUAUCCUGCCAGUCGCCAAAAUGCUCUUCCAGCAGCCCCUGCCCAGACAGAAGUGGCUCCUGUUGAUGCCUACACCAGCAACUCGAGGUCCUCCCCAGGUGUCAGGUUCAUCAUCCCCCCAGCAGAUUAUUUACCAGAGGAGAGGAAGUGGCCGGACGCCGCCUACGCCUACAGACACGAGCCCUACAGGCAGCCCUGGGGCCAAGAGCUGAACAGAGGCCACUUGGAUCAUUUCCAGAAAUACCAGCAUUUCCAGCAAACACCUCUACAUGAGCACAGUCUUCCUGCUGUUCCUGUGGAUAGUCCAGUGAGGUACAGGACUUCCCCAGCCUUGGAAGAGAAUGGCUCCCCACAGUACCAGUAUGGCAGCGCGUCAGCUCAAGGCCAGCACUAUCGGAGCAGAACUGAUGGAUUGUCCGUGCAUCUGACUGUGCAUGAGUCUGUGCAUGAGUCUGUGCUUCUCUGAGAAUCUGGCUGUGCUUAGUAAAGUGGCAAGAACCAAAACCAGUUGAACAGUACUGUGUUAGUAGUAGUCCUCCUCAGUUCUCUGAAAUGUGGAUGGUUCGUGUGAGUUCAAAAAUAACGACACUUUUUCAGAGAUGUUUCAGACUUUGCUUGAAAGCUGGUGGAGUUCUUGGACUUGCAUGGAAGCUACUGGAAGUGAUCUAAUGCACAUAGACAUAGCAAUAAGCUCAUAUCCAUCACGUGGUUCAUGCUGUCAUCGCUCCUUACAUUUUAAAUAACUCGUGUUACAAUCCUUCUGCCUAAAACCUGUAACACACUGAAAAGUUUUGACUGACAUUGUUAAUGCACUGUACAGAUGUGUGCGUGUGUGCCUGUGUGAGUGUGCACUUACAGUACACAAACUCAUGUGGAAAAGAGCUAAAGAGUUUAAAUUUAAAUGCAUUUAACUUUGGGCAAAGCUUGUGAAGUACUUUUAUUUCAUAUUAAGUUUUCUUUGUAAUUUAUUUGAGAAGCCAUUCAUUUUGAAUGGGAAUUUCUGUCAUUUUUAUACAGCUGCCUCAGCAUCCCAGUAUCUGUUCUGGGCAGGAGAGAUGCUUUGGGAUUAUUAAUUUAAUCAUAUGUGAGAGUUAAUUUCGUCUCCUUUGACUACUGUUUGUCAUUUUCCUUAGCAGGAAGGAG